AUGCGUGGCAAGCAGCACUCGUUUCACCAGGAAGAUACUGCCUGUGAACUAGUCCACCAGAGCAUUGGGCUCCGGUUGGACAGUAACGAUUUUGUGAUUGACGACAAGGAAGUUAUCGAGAGGGUGAAAACGCGGUCGCCAACACCCGUCCUGGCGAACGACGGGUGCUCCGGUACAACCGGAGCUGGUGGCGGCUUUUGGCUGGCCUCGGUGGCCGCGGGGGCAGGUGCUGGGGCCAAUCUGCCUCCGCACGGUACCCAUCCAACCAUGGAUCCAAAUUGCGGUCCUGCCGAGACUGGUUUUAUCAAUAGUCAGCCAUCGAUGGCUGAGCUGUCAGCAAUGCCACAGCUCGGUGGCGACGGCCAACUUCAACACUCACCUGGUACCGUUGGAUCCAUGAGCCCUGGCAGUCAUCAUCCUAAUUAUCAUAUUAUGAUGGAUCCACAUGGGGUGCAGGAUCCUUCUGGUGUCAAUGUGCCCGAAUAUCCGUGGAUGAAGGAGAAAAAAACGACGAGGAAGAGCAGUCAGCAAGAAAAUGGCCUGCCCAGGAGAUUACGUACCGCCUACACAAAUACCCAGUUACUCGAGUUGGAGAAGGAGUUUCACUUCAACAAGUACCUAUGUCGACCGAGGAGAAUUGAAAUAGCGGCGUCCCUGGAUCUAACGGAAAGGCAGGUGAAAGUAUGGUUUCAAAAUCGUCGGAUGAAGCACAAGAGACAAACACUGAGCAAGGAGGACGGUGAUGAUAAAGACGGAGGAUCGUCGGACGGUGUGGAUAAGCCCAAAGGGGAGAACAUGCUGAUUGACGAGGACGAGAAGAAGAGUUGCCACAACUGUGAUAUUUCCGGAGUUACUGACGUCGGUAGCACUCUCAGCGAGGUGACAGACCUCGGUGCAUCGCGAGUCGGUAGCAAUAAUAAUACACCAAGUGCAACCAACAACAAUAACAAUGGAUCAAACGUAGGAUUUAAUACGAAUAGUAAUGGUGCUAGUAGUGUUGGCAGUACGAACAGUGUGUCGAGCUCUUUCGAGAAGAUAAUGGCUGAUGAGGACUCGAGAUCUAACGACGGUAGCGACGUGACAUCGCCAAGCAUACCGACCAAGAAGAUGAGCGAGGUGCGGAUCAAAGUGGAGGGUGGCCACAAGAGUCCAAAUCCCACCAAGCACCCGGUGAAUGUCUGCAAGAAAUCGCCGUCAUCUAGCACCAAGGAAAUGUGUACAGUGACGAGCAAUGGUGUCCUCCUAGCGAUGCCAGAUUCGACGGUCAGCACACCGGCCCUGCCGAGUCAAGGAUCUAGGAGUUUAACCCCCUCUUCAACCCCCGGAACUCCAGUAUCCGUGCAACUUCAGCAGGGAAGCCCAUUGAAUGUACAAAGCACCCACGGCCCCUACAUGCAGCGGCCAAGGAGCUCCCCGUCAUCCACCAGUUCCGGCGCUAUUCUACACGCCACCUCAAACCCAACUACCAUGCCACCUCACGUAGCGCGGAGUAUCCCCGCAAAUCCGCAGGGGCAUUUUCCACCUCAGCAGAAUUUGUAUCAACCACCUGCUGGUGAUUACAGAAACGGAAUGCCCAUGAACAGACAAAACGUUCCACCAACGAAUCCUCAGAACACUUACUGCAAUCGAGAUACGUAUCAACAGCGCGUGACGUAUCCACCAGAUAUGCACUCGAUGUAUAGACAGAACCCGGCGAUAGCCACGCGAGUUGGUCAUCAUGGGAGAACGGGAUCAACGACCCGGCCGGUUUACAAUCCGUCCAUGCAGUUCCACCAGCAGCAGCAGUCGCAGUACCCCAGCACGGGGGAGUACAAUGGUUAUCCUCAGGGUGGUGCGUCGUAUCACGGCAGCUACCAGCGAAACAUGCACCCGGCGGGAAGCGCUUAUCCGAGUCAAGCUUACCCGAACUCCCAGACUGAUCCGUCGACGGAGGGCUACAUGACCGGAAGUUACGGAUAUCCAACUGGACCAUAUCAUGGGGACAACAUAGGUUCCCACAGCCACACGGCUGUCCCCGUCCAAUCCAGCCAACAUUACUACCCCGAAAUGCAGCAUCAGACGCAACAGCAGCAUGCGGCUGAAGGCUACGCUUCCAUCCAUCCCAACCAGAACGAUUACAGGGGGAGCAAGUGUCAUCCGAACACCUACUACGAGCAGUCGCAGCUGCACGUACAUCAAGGAGGUGAAGCCUCCAGCAUCCCAAAUAGCUAUGUCUCCUCGCCAGAUCCCUUUCCUGUCCCCGGCAUGACCACCACGGCGACGGCAAUCGCCGCGGCAACAGCCGCCGUUAUCACUCCGCCGGACAGCACCGGUCAGGCGGAGACGAACAACGAAAACUACGGCAACUUUGGGGGCUUCUACGGUGAACUUGUUCACGCCACUGCGCCAACACCGUCUGCCGAUAACAGCAACAGCUCGUCGGACUUUAAUUUCCUUAGUAAUCUCGCCAAUGAUUUUGCACCGGAGUACUAUCAGCUCAGUUGA